CCCUCCCCCUCAGGCGGGGCCUUUGCUUAGCAACAGGACGCCUGCCCGUAGCCAAGGCUGCUGAAAGCGGGUUUCCAGUGCAAGCUGCAGAAUGUCUGAGGCAAAGCCCGGAGAGUGUGGGGAACCUGCGGAGCUCAAGGCCAAGGCCACUGAUCCCCAGGAGAAAACCAGCGACUAUUACCGCGUGAGCGCGGACCUGCCGGUCAGGUUCAACCACCCGGGAUGGUUCCGGGGCUACAGGACCAAGGAGGCCGUCUCAGUGUACAGGACCAGUAACCAAGCCUACGGGAGCAGGGCCCCCACCGUGCACGAGAUGCCGAAAGUAUUUUAUCCAAAUUCAAAUAAAUUUUCCAGACAACUUGCAGCCUGUGGAAUGUUUCAAAACAAUACUUUCAACAUCUGUAUGGAGAAGAGCUUUGUGACUGGCCCUGACAACUUCAUCACCACCUAUGACCCACUCAACUUCCACCCCAGUUACAAUGUCAACAAGCCAUCCAUCUGUGACUGAGUGGGCGGGAAGCCCCUCCAGGAGCCUCUGACUCCAGCAGUCUUCUGGAUAGUCAUCAUCUCUGACCUGCUGCAGGUCGCCCACUUACAAAGUGCAGAGUUUUCUGUGUUCCAAGAUUAUUUUUUCUUUCUGGAAUAGAA